AUGAGGGCCUCUCCUCAAUUUCUGCCUGGUUUUAACCACCCGGCACUGCAGUUUAACAACCCGACUACGCCUACAGUCUCGAAUUCCAUCUCGUCGCCGACUUUUAGUCUUCCCCAAUUGUCUGCCCCUAAUCUCACGAACUUGAUAACCAUAACUCUCUCCUCUCUUGAAGAUUAUCUUCUAUGGAAAACUCAAAUUACUUACCUACUUCUUUCGCAUCAAUUACUUGACCUUGUUGAUGGUACUGCUUUUGUUCCUUCUGCUAUUGUGAUUGAUGAAUAUGGUAAUUAUGUUCCUAAUAAGAUUGAAUCUCAGUCUAUUGAUGGUUAUUUAUGUGAGAUCAAAGUAAUAGCUGAUUCCCUUGUUGCAAUUCAGUGUCCUGUGUCUAAACAAGACUUAGUUCAAUACACCCUUUUUGGUUUGGAUCGUGAUUUUGUGUAUGAUCAUAUUGUUACCACUUUUCUUCAUCAUCCAUUUUUCCUUAGUUUUGAUGAUUUGCGUCCUAAGCUUAUGCUUCAUAAACAACGUCUUAAAAGCUCCAAGGAUGGGUCUCAUUCAUCUUCUCAUCAUGCCUUGGUUCUUGUUCAGUCCUCUAGUUCUGUUUCUUCUUCUUCCAAUAAGAAUAAUUCGUGUGGUAGAAAUAAAGAGAAGAAUAACAAGAAUAAAGAGGGUAAUAAUGGUCGCAAUAACAACAAUCGAGGUACUGGUGGUAAUAACAGUUCUCGUGGUUUUGGUAAUAACAACAACAACAAUGCUAAUCGGGGAUGUCAGAAUGCUGCUUAUGGUCCUCAAAGAUUCGAUUCCAGCUUUGUUCCUUCUUCCUCAAAUAGUGUCACUCGAGCCUUAGCUGCACAAUCUGUUGGUGGUGAAGCAAAUGACCCAGUUUGGUACCCGGAUCCGGGAGCUACAUGA